UCAAAAUGAAGUUAUAGAAAUAGUUUGUAGUUUAUGUGAAAAAAAAUAUGCAAAAAAAACAUCAACACGACCACUUAUGGAUCAUUUAACAAAAGAGCAUAAUGCUGUUAUUAAUUUUAUUGUUGGGUUCCAAAUGCCAUUUUCAGUUGUAGGGAAUUUUUGGUUUAGAAAAUUAUGCAAUAUUUUUGAUUCACGAUAUAUCUUACCAACACGUCAAUCUUUACAAAAUCAAAUUCAUCAAAGAUUUGAAAAUCAUCAACCAAUUUAUCUUAAUAAUAAUGAGUGGGAAGAAGUUCAAUCAAUGAUAAUUUUAUUAGACCCUAUGUAUAAAGCAACUAAAAUGCUAUCAUCUUCAUCAUACCCCACUAUUAGUGAUAUUCGGUUAACUUUCAUAGGAAUCUUUCGACACAUUGAGUUAUAUAUAGAAAAUCAAAAUCAUUCAAUUGAAAAAUGUAUGAUGGCAGAUUCUAUAU